CCGUUGGUAUAUCGUUUGAUAGAAUUUGGUGGUGCCUUCAGUUGUCUGUUUUAUAAUUGAUAAUAACUUCGAGGAGUCUGUUGUGUCUCCAGGAUGUCGUCAACGGCGAAGUUUACCUCCGACGAUCUGCUCGGUGGUGCAGAAUCUUGGGUCGAGCUGAACCCCGUCCCUGCCGACAGGGUGACUCCUUUACCAUUCAGCAGCAGCGGCGGAGGCGGCGAAGAGUACCUGCGACUUCUUCGGGAGGCUCAACGCGACUCUACACAGUCUUCGGCGAGGCAUUCUCUCGCUUCUUCACGCAGGGAUACUCCUAGGGACAGUCCGAAGAGUCCGCCAAACAGUCCAAAUACCGAAUUAUCGACCGAAGACGAAUUCAAAGGAGUUUAUAUCAACUACAGCUGCAACAAGGAUGGGGAAUUAGUGGACAAAAAUACCGACUGGAUUUACGAGUGGAGUUCUCGUCCUGACCAGGCACCACCAAAGGACUGGAAAUUCAAGCACCCUCUUGGAGUGACCAAGAGGAAAACGUACAGCAUUCGAACAGCUAAGGUUGGAAAGAAUGGACUUUUCUCCAAGGAAGUUCUGUACACACUAUUUCUCACCAAUUUUCUGUCCCUUCUAAUUGGCACCGGCUUUGGAGUCUGGCUGACUAGACGAGGACUCAUGGUGCCUCGCAUAACGAUCGAGUGAAAAUAAUGAUUGAGAAGAGG